UUUUAUUGUAGAAUGAAACAUCCAUACAGAAAAGUGAAAAAACUAUAAAUGUAUAAUUUAAUGGAUAAUUAUAAAGCAUACUCUCUCAGUUCCAUAAUCACCGCAGGUCAAGAAAUAAAAUAUAGCACACAGAAAGCUUUCUACCCCUGUUUCCUUCCUGAUGCCAACUCUUUCUCCCUCUUUAGACAAAGCUAUUAGACUGAAUUUUGUGUUAUUCAUUUAGGUUACAUAAUCGGUUUCUAUACUUUAGUGGUUAUGCAAGAAAUUACAACAUGCACACUUCACUUACGUAAGUUUCAAAUCACAUAUGCCUUCCCUAUCCUUCUAGACAUUAUGUUUUAUAUCGACAGUUUCUUCUAGCACAUUGAAGAUAUAAGAUAUAAUUCCACUGUAUCAUGGCUUUUAUUGUUAUGCUGAGACAUCACCUGUCAGUCUAACAGUUGCUUUUUUGAAGCCUAGGGGUAAUAACAGUGCAAGACCACCUUAAACAAAAUGCAAGGAUUGAGGUUUUCUGGACCAUUGAAGUGUUUUGAAGGAGAAAUCAAUGAUUCUGCCAAUUAUGAGAUGUUCUCGUUUCACAACGGAGGUGUAAAAGUUUUAUGCAAAUAUCCUGAGGUUGUCCAGCAAUUUAAAAUGCAGUUGCUGAAAGGGGAGCAAAUACUUUGUGAUCUCACUAAGACAACGGAGAGUGGAAACACCGUGUCCAUUGAGAAUCUGAAAUUUUGUAAAUCUCAGUUGUCCAACAACAGUGUCUCUUUUUUUCUAUAUAACUUGGACAGUUCUCAUACCAGCUACUACUUCUGCAAACUAUCAAUUUUUGAUCCUCCUCCUUUUCAAGUAGGCAUUCUUAAAAGAGAAUAUUUGCAUAUUUAUGAAGCACCAGUUUGUUGCCUACUGAAAUUCUGGUUAUCCAUAGGAUGUGCAGCUCUUGCUGUAGUCUGUGUUUUGGGAUGCUUAUUUACAUUUUGGCUUACAAAAAAGAAGUAUCAACCCAGUGUGCACGACCCUAACAGCGAAUACAUGUUCAUGGCAGCGGUGAAGACAGCCAAAAAACCUAUCCUUACAGAUGUGACUCCAUAAUCUGGAACUCUCUGGCACCCAGGCAUGAACCACGUUGGCCAGGUUUCCCUAACCAGAAGUACAAGAUUCCCUCAUUUCCUGGACCACAGAGAGUCUGACUUGAUUUGACCACAUACAUCUCCUGAUGGUGUUUUGUUCAUUCUGGACCAAUGACUGUAUCAGUCAAAAGGGAUUUUAACAGACUGCCUUGGUACUGCCGAGUUCUCUCAAAACAAACACCCUCUUGCAAGUAGCCUUAUAGACAGCUCAGCUCCUGUGUGCUCAACAAAUAGACCUCACUGGGAUGGAAUCUCUGUCUCCACAUCUGCUCCUAGCAAUGCACACAGCCAGCAAAACAAACACAUCUACAAGAAAUUUUAAAAGAUGCCUAGGGUACUGAAUCUGCAAAGCAAAUGAGCAGCCCAGGGCCAGCAUCUGCCUGCAUUUCACUAACAGACUACCUCUUCUUGCUGUGGGGAUAGAGCACUCUUUUUUUCAAUCAGACAGUAGAGGGACACACUUCAGAACUGUAACUAUUUUAUUUCUGAGGUGUCCAUGUGAACUGUACUGUCCUAAUACAAGUACAUACACAGCACUCUUCUCCAGUUUCUGAACCCCAGUUGGCCGCGCCACCAAGAGUUUAGAUGCUUUCUCUUGCCCUCAUCCUUUUAAACAUACUACAACAUGCCUACCUGACAGCCUGACAGCCACCCUGAAUGGGGAGCUAUGUCUACAUUUUUCCUCUGCUUCUUACUCUUUCUGUGUGUAUAAAUAAAAUAUAUAUACACAUAUAUAAAAUAUACACACACAUAUAUAUAUAAAAUUAAUGAUAAAUGUAUUUGCCUGCAUUCUCCUUGCAAGAAUAUUUUUGCUCCAGAAAGACAUCUUAUUUCCCCAAAUUCAGUUAAAAUGGUUUACUUUGUUGACAUUAGUGGUAGGAAACAUUGCCCAGAAUCAAAAGCAACUUCAUUUUAUUAUCCUGUUUUCUACCAUUAUCUAUGUUUUCAUAGUACUAUUAAUUACAAGUUAGGCUGUUUUUGUAGAUUAUAUUAAAAUUGCAAGCAAAACCAUCUUUAAUUGGCAAGCAUUCUCUGGGGGUAGAGCGAAUGAUCCAUUUAACCCCAAAGCUGCAGGUACUGUAGGUUUUUGCCUAAUGAUAGCCUUGCUGCCCCGGGGCUUGCAGGUCAAAAUGGUCUCCAUCAUCCUGGAGCAGCUCUCCAGACCUGGGUGGAAUUUCAAGGAUUGAAGGACUCCCCUGGGCAAGGGACCACCAGGUGCUCUUGCCCCGAGAGGGUAAAGUCACCCGGGGAGCCACAGUGGGUCUACCUGCAUUCUGCCCUGCGGGAUCUGGGAAGAAGCACACACAUGUUGGAAACUGGCCCUGGCCCUUCAAUAUAGUCCUCUUUAGAAUAUAACUUGUCUAGAAAUGUCCUUAAUUACCUGUAACGUGAUAAUGCUUAACUGGAAUAUUUUCCCCACUUUCUGUCUGCAUGCCCAAGGCUUCUGAAGCUGUCAGUGUGUAUACAGCAACAUUCUUAACUUUAGGUAAAAUGGGGUUAUUUGGUAGUUUUAAAAUUUGUAGUUGCCUGCUUAUAGUUUACAAGUGAGACCUAAUGUGUCAUUAUGCAUACUUAUAUUAUCUUAAGCAUGUGUAAUGCUGUAUGUGUACAGUACAGUACUGAACUUGUAAUUUGAAUCAAGUAUAGUGUUGUUUUUGGCUGACUUGGACAACCUGGCUGGCCUUGUAGGGGUGUUUCAUGAGUUGUUUGCAGCUUUCUGUGAGGGAGAUUGGGUGUGGGGAGGACGGCGUGCAUAGUGGCCUGCCUGGUCUCGUUGUCCAAGCUUUGCCUUGAAGCAUCCUCAUUCCCAGCACUGUACAUUUCAAAGUGAAUUGUUAAAGAACAAAAUUUCCGUGAAAUAAAAUCUGGUUUUAAGAGGAGCCACUUAUCAAAUAGAGUUUAGCAGUAGUAAGAAGCUAGGGAAUAAACAUUUAUAUUCAGUAACU